AGUUAGUUUUUAUCGAGUUUUCGUAAAGUUCAGACAGAAAUUUUUUGAGUUUCUUAAAAAUGGUUGACAAGUGGAUAGGAAAAACUGCCAUUGUCACUGGCGCAAGUGCUGGAAUUGGAGCUUCAAUCUUUCAAGAGCUUGCGAAAACUGGAAUUAAUGUUAUUGGUUUAGCGAGAAGGUCAGAAAAAGUCAAAGAAAUUAUUGAGAAAAUGGGUGCAACCAAAGGCAAAGCUUACGCUUAUAAAUGUGAUGUUUCGGAUCCAAAAUCCGUCGAGUUGGCUUUCAAAUGGAUUGAAGGCACCUUUAACGUUGUUCACAUUCUGAUAAACAACGCUGGUAUUGGAAGAGCAGGAAAUAUCCUUGAUGCAACUGAAGACGCAUUUAGGAAGUUGAACGAAGUUCUUGACACAAAUGUUCGUGGUCUCAUUCAAUGUACUCGCGAGGCUUAUCGACUAAUGAAGAAGUCGAACGAUUACGGCUUGAUCAUCAACAUUAACUCAGUUGCUGGUCAUUACAUUCCAUAUAUUCCCAAAAUGAGUAUUUAUCCCGCAUCGAAAUUUGCAGUUCGUGCACUUACUGAAAGUUUACGUCAAGAACUCGCCAUGAGCGAUAACAAAAAAGUUCGAGUCACGAAUUUAUCACCAGGUGGUGUGAGAUCAGACAUAAGAGUCACCAGUGGAUACAAAGAUACUCCCGAUCAGCCCAGUGAUCUUCUCCUUGAAGCUGAAGACAUUUCUCAUUCUGUGAUCUUUUUAUUAAGCACACCUUACUCAGUCAACAUUACAGAAUUAACAAUACGACCAACAGUCAGCAUGGUCGAUAAAUGGAUUGGAAAGAUCGCUGUUGUCACUGGAUGUGCUUCGGGAAUUGGUGCAGCAAUUUACAAGGAGUUUAUUGAAAAUAAUAUUAUAACUGUGGGACUUGACAUAAAUUGCAUUAAUGAUGACAGCGAAUUUGGAGAGAAGUCUAAGAAUGCGUUCUUCAUGCAAUGUAACAUCGCGAAACCAGAAUCAGUGAAGGAAAUAUUCAAAAAAAUCGAAGAUCAGUUUAAUGUUGUGAAUAUUAUCGUAAACUGUGCUGGCAUCGGGAGAAAAGCAGAAAUUCUUGACGAUGACGAAAAAUCGUUUCAAGUAAUGAACGAUGUAGUUGACGUGAAUUUACGUGGAUUAAUGCAAUGCACUCGUGAAGCUUUCAAAUUAAUGAAAAAGUCAAAUGAUUAUGGUCUGAUUGUCAAUAUUAAUUCUGUCGCUGGUCAUAAAACACCCUUGCUUGAUAUUUCUCUUAAUAUUUAUGGAGCCACAAAAUACGCACUAACAGCAUUUAACGAAGCAGUCCGUCAUGAACUUAAUUUAGCAAAAAAUAAGAAAGUUCGCAUUUCGAGCAUAUCGCCAGGAAUUGUUGAUAGCAAUUUCAUUAAAGCGAGUGGCUACACAGCUUCCACAUCCACAGAACAUGUUUUUGAUGAAAUUCCAAUGUUGAAACCGAAAGAAAUUGCGAAAGGCGUGAUAAAGAUUAGAUAUUGUUGUCAGUCGAGAAUGGAGAAGUGGCGUGGAAAAGUCGCAAUUGUAACCGGUGCGUCAGCUGGUAUUGGUGCUGCGAUAGUUCGAGAUCUAGCAAAUGCUGGAAUCAACGUCAUUGCACUAGCUAGAAGAGCUGAAAGACUUGAAUCUCUCAAAAAUGAACUUCAAGCUGCGCCUGGAAAAGUGACGCCAAUGACUUGCGACGUUUCUGACAAAGCUUCAAUUGAGUCAACAUUUGAAGCAAUUGAAAACACUUUUGAAACUGUCAACAUUUUAAUUAACAACGCUGGGGUUAUAAGAGAUGUGGAAAUUCUUGACUCGUCAGAUGAUUUGGAAGCCAUUGGUAAAAUGGAACAAGUUAUCACCACAAAUUUCACUGGUUUGGUGCAUUGCACGAGAAAAGCUUUUCGUUUAAUUGAGAAAUCUAAUGACUAUGGAAUGAUUAUCAACAUCGGAAGUGUUGCUGGUCAUGGCAUACCCAACAUUGACUUCAAAUUUAAUGUUUAUCCGGGAACGAAAUUUGCUGUCAGAGCUACAACUGAAGUUUUGCGCAUGGAGUUGAAUAAGAAAAACAAUAAAAAGAUUCGAAUUUCUGAAAUCAGCCCUGGUGGAGUAUGGACAGAAAUCCAAACUGCUGGUGGAUUUGAAGGGUCAGUUGAGGAAUGGAUGGCGGCAGGUGAAUUUCCAAUUCUUCAGGACGUUGACGUGUCUCAAGCUGUCACUUUUCUGUUGAUGACUCCGUAUACUGUUAACAUGACCGAAAUUAUUAUCAAACCUACGGACAUGGAAAAGUGGCGCGGAAAGAUUGCAGUCGUUACUGGAGCUUCAGCUGGGAUCGGUGCUGAUGUCGUCAGACAAUUUGCCAAGAAGGGAAUUCAUGUAAUUGGCUUGGCAAGACGACCAGAGAAAAUUGAAGAAAUUGCGAAGGAAGUUGGAGUCACUUCUGGAAAGAUUCACGCAUAUCGUUGCGAUGUUUCCAAUAAAGAUUCAAUCGAUGCAGCUUUCAAAUGGAUUGAAGAGAAGUUCAAAGUUGUUAACAUUUUAAUUAAUAAUGCUGGUUUAGGGCAUCAAACAUCGAUUCUCGCUAACGAAGACAAUGAUGAAAAGUUAAAGCAGGUCAUUGACACAAACUUCACUGGCCUGGUACGCGUUACACGUUCUGCAUUCAAACUUAUGAACAAAUCUGACAAUUAUGGAAUGAUCAUCAACAUUAACAGCAUUGUUGGUCAUAUUACUCCAUUUCCGUCUGAUGGAAACUCAAGGUCAAAUGUUUAUGCGGGAACAAAAUUUGCAGUUACAGCAGUCACGGAAGUCUUAAGACAAGAACUUGUUUGCAUGAAAAACACUAAAAUUCGAAUUUCUUCACUCAGUCCAGGAGUUGUUGAAACCGAUUUCUUCCAUAGUGGAGAAUUCGUACCUAAAAGUGCAAGAAUCGGCGACUUGAUGCCAGCAUUAAAAGCCUCUGACAUCACCGACUCGAUUCUGUUUUUAUUAUCUACGCCUUACAAUGUGAAUGUUACAGAGAUCACAGUUCGUCCAACUGGAGAAAUCAUGGAAAAGUGGAGUGGAAAAUUUGCUGUCGUGACUGGUGCGUCAGCUGGAAUUGGUGCAGAAAUCACGAAAGAUUUAGUUAAAAUCGGUGUUAACGUUAUUGGACUUGCAAGAAGACCUGAAAGAAUUGAAAAUAUCGCGAAAGAACUUGGAGAAACACCGGGAAAGAUUUACAGUCGUAUGUGUGAUGUGUCCGACCUUGAGUUAAUAAAAUCUGCUUUCAAAUGGAUUGAAGAGAAGUUUGGCGUUGUACACAUUCUCGUUAACAAUGCUGGAAUUGUAAGAAAUAUAAAAAUUCUAACCGAUGAAGACGUGAGUGCAGAAAUAAACAGCAUAAUCAAUACAAACUUCACUGGCUUGGUGCAUGUCACGCAUGAAGCUUAUCGAUUGAUAAAAAAGUCGAAAGAUUAUGGAAUGAUCAUCAACAUCAACAGUAACGCCGGUUACAAGAUUCCAUUCCCACCAAAUCCCGAAAUAUCUCACAAUGUUUAUCACGGCACCAAGUUUGCUGUCACUGCGACGACUGAAGUGCUUCGUCAAGAAUUGAUAUGUCAAGAAAAUGAUAAGGUUCGAGUUACGAGUCUCUCACCUGGAGUAACAAUCACAGAAAUAUUUAAAACGUAUGACGUGCCAGCUUUUAAAAAUAUGCCUGCGAUUAACGCCGAAGAUGUCUCAAAUGCUGUUUUGUAUCUGCUUUCAACUCCUUAUCAUGUUAACAUCACAGAAUUAACAAUUAAACAUGUCAGUCAGAAAUUUUAAUAUAAUUCGCGAAAUGAAUUUCAUUCUGAAGUUAAAAUGAACAACUUUCGUAUGGAAAUUAAUUCAAUUGAUGUAAAAGUGAAGUAAAAUUUAUCAAAGUCAGUCGGUUUUAUUAUUCUCAUGUCAGCUUUACGAGAGUAAACAAGGUCAUUUAAUAAAAAGUUUCUGUUCGAUCGGAAAAGUGGUUUGGAAACAUCGCGGUAAUGACCAUUGUGUCUCAGCUGUCGUCGGUGCCAGAAUUG